AUGAGGGCCUCAGGGUACGGCGAGAUCGAGGCUCAGCCGUUCCUCCAAGAUCCGAAGUUUAAAAAGCGCACCAAAUGGGCUGAGAUCUCUUCAGGAUGGAGACUCAGUCUCGUUUAUGGAGCCGGCGCGUCGACCGUUGUGCUGCUAAUUAACCUCGGCGUCACCAUCUGGUCCAGCACGCUGAAGAAGGGAGACGAAAACAGCGAAGACCGUCAAUCCAACAACCGCAGAGUCCUCUUCCAGGGGUCUUGCGAGGAGUCUCGGAAGCUAAACGUCGUCCUGCACAUCUUUAUCAACGUCUUUAGCUCCGUACUCCUCGCGGCCAGCAGCUAUGGCAUGCAAUGCCUCACUGCGCCGAACCGCGCCGAGGUCGACAAGUCCCACGCCGUCCAGAGGUGGAUGGACAUUGGCAUCCUCAGCGUGCGAAAUCUACGCGGCGUCUCCCGGAAGCGAUCUAUCCUGUGGUUUCUCCUCACCAUGUCUUCGAUCCCUCUCCACCUUCUGUACAACUCGGUCGUCUUCUCGUCGCUAUCAACCAUGGACUACAGCGUCUACCGCAUCGGCGAACAAUUCAACGACCCCCAAUCAGCCGAGAUGAUUAAACGCGCCCGCGACCAAAAGUGGGACAACAUCACGACCGAACAAUGCAUCACCGACUACGGCGUAGCCUUCCUGACUUCGAGGAGCGACGUCAUCCUCGUCGUCGACCAAAAGCCAAACACAAAUGGGAGCAACAUUUUCGACAAGUGGUCCCAAUACCAUGAUUUGGUGGUGGGCUCGGGCUGUUAUUCCACGGCCUACUCGUGGAUCUGCCCAGGUAUGGAAUGCAAUGCUCAAGGGUGCCUUGCAGAGCUACCAAAGUAUAAGAAGCAGGCAAAUGACUGGAGGCCAUAUACAAACCGUGUCAAGUACUGCCUCAGCAAGCCAAGAGAGGAGAUUUGCCGGGUCAACUUCAAUAUCCCCGUCGCCAUUGGGGUCAUUAUAGCCAACGCGGCCAAGGCAAUCAUUCUCCUCUACGUGGCCUUCAAACCACCCGAAGAGCCGUUGCUGGUUCUUGGAGAUGCUAUCCAUUCCUUUCUCAGAAAACCGGAUCCCUUCUCCAAGCAUAUGUGCUUGGCUUCCAUCCACGACGUCAAAACACAAGGAGCCUGGGCGUCUAUGAAACCUUCGCGCUGGGUAUCAAAAAAGAGGCGGUGGGCGGCAGCAAUAAGCCGUACCCGUUGGUGGAUCAGCGGCUCACUAUACGGGUUUGCCCUCGGUGUAGCAAUCUUCUUCCUAAUAUGGGGAAUCAUAGCUUUGAGCGGCUCGCACAGCGUCAAGACCCUUUGGGAGAUGGGCUUUGGUGCCAUCACCGACAAGGCCCUCAUUUCUGGGCUUCAACCCAGCAGCGACAACUCUGAUAAUGAGAUUCUCACUAGCGUUCUGUUGGCCAACAUCCCCCAAAUCACUUUCUCGGUUCUCUAUUUUCAAUACAACGGCCUCUUCACGUGUAUGCUAUCAGCCAAGGAAUGGUCAGACUUUGGCUGGAAGAGAAAGGCCCUACGAGUAUCUUCAGAGCCUGUCGGCGAACAGCGCUCCCGAUAUUUCCUACAGCUCCCUUACCGAUGGAGUAUCCCACUAGUCCUCCUCUCGAUAUUGAUGCACUGGGUGCUUUCUCAGAGCAUUUUUGUUGUUGCUGUCGAGACUGACAGACCUAACAUGGACAUUUACGAGACGACUCCAGACGGCGAUUACACGCGAAAGUUGUCUUGGAAUUUCGCCACCUGUGGAUACUCCCCGGUAGCCAUCAUCUGCGUUAUGCUUGUCUCGUUGGUGAUGGUAGCUGCUGUCAUCAUCACAGCUACCCGUCGACUGCCAACUGCAAUUCCCGUGGUCGGGAGCUGUAGCUUGGCUAUCGCCGCGUCAUGUCAUCAUCCUGAUGGUGUUCCUCAACCGGAGGCGCCUUAUCACCCUUUGAAGUGGGGUGUCAUGGGCAAGAGCGAGAGUGACGUGGAUGGUGUGUAUCUUCAUUGCGGAUUUUCUACUGAAGAGGUCGGCGAGCCUCAGGGUGGGUUGGAGUAUCAGUGA